AUGAGGAGUCUGUCUAAAGUUUGGUCAGAGAGUCUUUGUGAACCAGCUGACUUAAACUGGGGUAGCCAGGGAAAGUGCAAGACUCCUUCCUUCCUCAAGAAUGCCUGGGCCAAGGAGCUGGUGCUGGCGGUGUCCUUCACCAUCAGGGCCCUCAUUAUAAUUCUGCCCACAAUCAGCCCCUACACCAAGUAUGCCAUCAUGAUCAACCAGGCCUCACCUUACAACCACUCUGUGCUCUUCCUAGACAAUGGGAACAUACCCAAUGGGUCCAGCCACCCACAGGACCCACAGGGCCCAAGCUCAGAGUGGCUGAAGAAACUGUGA